AUGGACCUGGAUUCAAAGUUUUCCAGGAAACGCGAGAGUCGGACACGCGCUCCGACAGCUUGUCAAACCUGCCGCUUGCGCAAGACCCGGUGUGACAAUGCGAGACCAAUCUGUAGCUACUGUGCGAUACAGGGAGUCGAGUGCAUCUUCCCCGAGACCUCGUCGCAUCCAACCCAAACCAACUUCGAGACCUCCAAUCAUGAGAUCCUGCAGCGGCUAGGCCAUAUUACCUCGUUGCUGGAAGAUAUCAAGCAGGGUGGGGGGGCCAGGGGCUCUUUCUUUGGGGUGGCUGUGCAAAACUCGAGUCCCCUGACAGAUGCUUCUCCUGGCCACAAUAACCGGGGAGACACUGCCGCUAUUGAAGAUCGAGCCGGGGACCACGAUCCCCUGACCUUGUAUGCGGCUAACUCUGCGGAAUACAUGCUUCGCUGGCCGAUAUACAACAAUGUUAUCACCGAUGCGGAAAAGAAUAUUCGGUCCUUUUUGCUCGACUCAUUAGAGAACCAAUCUGAGCCCCCCAUUCCGCCUCCCCGGACAUUAGGAGUUGGUUCUUUCUUAGAUGAUAUCCAACACCUUUGUCGAAAAUACAUACGGCUGGUCCAUCGGCGAAAUCCUAUUGUUGAUGUUGAAAAACUUGAGCGUUAUGCUCGCGAAGUAACAAUCCAAGGCCUAGGGUGGGACGGCCCGUCCUGCCAAGUGCUAAUGGCCUGUGCCCUGGCAUGCUGCACAUCAAUAUUUAUCCCGUUGGGUGAAUUUCCAGCCAAUCUUGAUCGUAUGCCUACGCCGCCUCAGUCGGGUGCUAGUAUUGAGCUUGCCGAGGCAUACUUCCAUGCUGCAAAACAACGGCUGGGGUCAUUGCACACAUCACCGACUGACAUACAAUGCUUUCUUCUCGCGGGAUCUUAUCACAGACAUCUCAUGAGACCCUUACAGGCCUGGUUUUGCUUUCAGCAAGCUUCCUGCAGGCUAGAGGUCCGUCUGCUAACCAUGCGUAGAGGGCAAUGGGUAGCUGAUGUCAACUAUAAUAAUCUCGAAUCUCGCCUAUACUGGUCCUGUAUACAGGCAGAGCAUGAAACGCAGAGCGAGCUUCCACUCUGGAGCAGUGGGCUUAAAAGUCUCGGAUACUCAGCGCAAUUCCCAACGUUUCCACGGACGAGUACGUCGACAUCGACUUCCCCGGAGGAUGCAAUGGAUGAAGGCAGAGACGCAUCACCGCAAUCAGAGAUUAGCGGCACAGAAGAGGAGAAGGGAUGGAGAUUCUACAUUGGAUCAAUUUGCAAUCGCCGUACGGUGAACGACAUGCUCAUAGACUUGUGGCGCUGCGGCGAGCAAGAGUGGGUCAAUAACAUCGACAGUGUCGUCGAGAAAAAUGCCGAGGCCGUUAAUGUUGUUUACUCUUGGUAA